CCUGUCGGUGAGCAAUCUCCCAACUCAUCUCUGGUGGAUACUCUCAAUAGAUUUGAAUGAUCUACGAUUGAUUGAGAAAUAAUAUAAAAAAAUGGCUAUUGUGUUUGCGGAUCCUCUUUGUCAAACUGAUGUGAAAUUAAAAUAAUUUUUGGCGCCCACGGUGUCAGGACCCUGGUGUUGAUUAGAAAAUUGUAGAAUGGAAUCGAAACGCUGCCAUUCAUUUAUUCGACCCAAUUUUUUAUGUGACUUAUAGAUAAAAUUGCAGUGAGGAACCUAUAAUCGUGGUUCUUGACAAGUUACUUUUUGAAUCGGCAGUUGUCAAUGAUAAACUCGUGAUGCGCCUAUUAACGAUAUAUGACCUGAUAAUAUUUUUGGUACUCUGGUGAGGUACGAAAUAAAAUAUUUAUCAAUGUGUCAAGGACGAUUUAAAAAAUGGAGACGGAGGAGAUCCUUCGAUCGGUCUUUGAACCUGACAUCGUCAGUGAAACUGCAUCCAGUAACUUUAAAUCAAAGGAAGGCAGUGCAAAUUCAAAGCAAUCGUUAGGCCUAACUGUAGUAGAUAAGUACAUCGAGGUAGCUUUAUUGAACGAAAGCCAUUCACCUAGCACAGAAGAUACUCCUGUAGGCCGGAUAGGACCAAAACUUGUGAGAUUUGAUGUAUCGAGUCACCAUGGACUAUUUGUUGUUUCUCCAGAUAGACUUAGCCUUAAUUCCCAAAGUAAUUUUAAUACAAUGAGAGCAAAUACAGCAGUGUAUAAAGGAAAAUGGAUGUACGAGUUACAACUUGGUUCCAAAGGAGUGAUGCAAGUGGGCUGGGGUACUAUGAAAUGCAAGUUCAAUGAGGAGUCUGGAGUUGGAGAUACUGUAAAUUCUUAUGCUUAUGAUGGUAACCGUGUAAGAAAGUGGAACGUAUCAACGUACAAAUAUGGUGAACCUUGGCUUUCCGGAGAUAUUAUAGGAUGCACCCUGGAUAUGGAUAAUGGCACGGUAGAGUUUUAUAGAAAUGGAAGGUCACUAGGAAAGGCAUUUGAAAAUAUUACCAUGGGCUCUGGCAUUGCAUAUUUCCCAACAGUUAGUCUAGCUUUUACAGAAAAUCUCACUGCAAAUUUUGGCUCAACUCCAUUCCGAUAUCCAGUUGAAGGUUACCGGGCGCUUCAAGCAAUACCUCGAGAACAAGUCAAUAAAUCGUUACUCUUAUUUAAGUGGUUUUCAAAUCUCAUAUACAUUGCUACCGAUGAUUCUCAAGAUGUUAUAAUGAUGGAGAAUAGGAUCAUGAGCGAUAAAGCAUUUCUUGUUUGCCUGGCAAGAUUAAUUUUGAAAAACCUUGGACCACUGCUUGCUAUGCCCUACAUCGCUGAAGCCGUCUUUGUACCAUUUGUUGAGGAGCUAGCUGGUCUUGCUGAUAAGAACCAAUCAUCUCAUGCAAGACGGAAGCCUGUAAAGUUACUGGCUUGUAUGGAUUUUCUCUGGACAUUUUUAGAAGAGCAUGAAAUGAAAACCUGUCUCGAGAGCACAAUAGUUCAUCUGCUGUCAGCAUUUAGACAUGUGUCAUUGCUGUUAGAGUACCCGGAUCAGUGCAGAAGUUUAGCUCUGCUUACCAGCCUUUGUCGACACACAGCGACUCGGCAACAUUUACUUCGUUAUGUGCUGUUCGAUAGAGUACGCUUCGCUAAUUUUGUGCACGUCAAGCCACUAGACGAAGGAGGAUUGAUCAGUGUAGUCAAUAAAACCUGGUGGGAAACUAAUCCCGUUGACUCUGCAAUCGAGGUUAACAAGGAGCAGUACAUUCGCUCCUGUGAAAGGAUCAAGACCGCUAUAUCUGAGGUCGAGGCAUUGCAAGUUGAACUGCUGGUUACCUUGUUGGACAACUCCGAUGGUACUUCGCACACACCGACGUCCAGAACUAUUUUCUUGAAGAAGUUUCGCCGAUUCGUGCAGGAAAAUUUAAUAACCAGCCGUUCGGAAUUUCUGCAGAUUACGUCCAUACCUCAGACUCCUCUGCCGAUAACACUGUGCUGUUUCCAUCGUUUACUAACAGCCUUCCGGGUUUUGUGGGAUACUGAAAUUCAAAGCAGUCCGAUCUACAUACCUUGCAGGUCAUUCUACGAUGCCUCCAUUAACUAUGCUGGCAUCGACAGACUAGGUGGGGUGAUAUCGCAUCUCAAUAAGACUUUUAAGACCGAGCUGAUACAUCUUCUUGGUCCAGACCACGAAGUGAUAAUUGCAAUGGAUGACACUCAAGCUCCGAACAGUCAAUUCUCAGGUGGCUUGUCUCGACUCGCCGAGCUACCUAUAGUCAUACCAGCAUUUGCGCGAAUGAUCAACGUCAAUGCGUCAGGUUCGACGGGUCCAAUGGUCUUUGGAAGACUGGGUUACUUCCCAGAAUCCAGAGAAGACAGGAGCCCUCUUCCAAAUGGAGCAAGAGACUCGGCGAUCUCUCUUCUAGAACUUUUGGAUGGCAUCAUUCUAUUCUAUUAUGCCGCAGCUAAACGGCAGAUAGCCAAGGUCGCCAGUUUGCGAGAUAGCAUGAAUGAGUACGUCAUGGCUAUCGCGGACAUGAAGACUUGGUUAAAACUGGUGAAAAAACGGACAGACAGCGAUUCGCAACUGAUUCGCCAAGAGCUUGAACAAACUAUUGAAGUCUUCGAUACCAAGUUGUCCGAACAAGCCAGGCACAUGGCUUGGGUUCGUGCCGCAGUCUACUCGGAAGAAAAGCAAGCACAGCUCGCCUGGCUCCUCCGGGUGGUUACAUUGACUUUGAAGAAUGCUAGCGAAGAGGGGAACAUGUUUGCCUUUGUGCCCGAUUUCUAUCUGGAGGCUGUCUCCGAUCUGAGCUUCGGAAUACGGAGCCAUGUUCAUCCAACUGCACCUAUUGAGGGGAUACCUGGUUACCAGGACAUGUUCGUCGACGUUGCAGAGUUCCUCUGCGACCGUUUUCUGGAUCCUAGGAUCGUACACGCCAAUUCAAAAGACACCCUGGUCCUUACCUUGGCUGGUUUCGUAUCGAAUUUAACCACCUUAGAGGCGCUGGAAAAUGUGCCGAAGGAGUCGAGAAAAAGGAUGGUUGAGAGUUUGUUAAAGCCAUAUGAAAAUCGAGCAUGGGCACAGUCGAAUUGGGUGUUGGUCAGGUUUUGGCAAGGAAAGGGAUUCGCCUUCCGAUAUGAGAAGAGUCCUCAUCUUGUCAAGAAAGUGGGGCCAAAGAUGCUUCAACAAGAAUCUAUUUCGCAACCUAUAAAACCGUGUCCGUCGGAAAUCUAUCAAAAACAUGUCGGGGAAGCGUUGCUUGGCAAUCUUCAGGGUACCACACAGUUUCUGAAUUCCUUGCUGAAUCAACUAAACUGGGCCUUCUCCGAGUUCAUCGGUAUGCUACAGGAGAUCCAAAAUAUAUCGUCGAGGCCAGAGAGGGUUUUCAUUGAAUCGCGUCAAUUGAAGAUCUGUACCACGUGCUUUGACUUGGCUAUAACUUUACUUAGAGUUUUGGAAAUGAUCGCCACCGUGGCUACGAGAGUCUUUAACGAUGCUUCUCAACCUUCGAGCGGAAAUUUAUUAGCCAGAUUAUGCCAGCUGCUGUGUCAAAUAUUGAACCGUGUAAGUUCACAGACCGGAUGCUUUCAACACGUCGUUUUGUUGGAUAUACCUGACCUCGACUCGGUAGAUCACUUUCCAAUUUUGGUGGCUGUCAUCGGUAUAUUGUUAGCUCUUCUCGACGAGGAAAUGACGACGUUUGAACCGGAUACGCGAGAUGUAUCGUGGGUAACGAUGGCGCUUCUUACGGAACCGAGCUUUCAAAUAGGCUCCCUCACCUUUGUGCUGGGAGAAUCGCAAAAGAAUACCAAAAUUAGAAACAUUAAACCCUUCACUUUGCUCAAUUAUAAAGAAGACGUGACGGAUGAGGAAAUUGCUCGAGUGAGGAGAAUGAUAAAUUAUUUGGAAUUAAAUACUACCCUGCUACCCGAUUCGAAAUUAACGAGUGACGAUGAAAACGUCUGUCCAAUUUGUUAUGCAUAUCCAAUCGCCGCCACGUUUCAACCGUGCCGUCACCAAUCUUGCCGAGCCUGUAUAGAUCGUCAUCUUCUGAACAGUAGAGAAUGUUUCUUCUGUAAAGCUACUAUUAACAAGGUCAUCGAUCUUCAGGGAGUAUCACUGCACGAUUUCUCCGACGACAACUGAUGAGUAAUCGGUGGCUAACUCGAGAAAUCAAGUCGACAAAUGUAUACGUUGAAAACGUUACAAGGCAAAAAAAUUAACUGUAACUGGGACGUUAUAACAUUGAUCAGGUUAUUAAAAAAGGAAAGAAUUUAUUUAUAACAUUAAUCACUAAAUAAUAUCACAUGAGAUCUUAAGUUAAAUUGGUCAUUGGAAUAAAAGUCUUAUUUAGUGUUAACUAUUAA